AUGUUCUCCUUCCAAAGGUUCGUUUUUCUUGCUGUGGCAGCGAGAAUCGCCUCCGCUGUUACGGUCGGGCCUAUUGGCUCCUUCGUAGUGGCCAACAAAACCAUCGCUCCCGACGGUAUACCCCGCGCCGCUGUGCUCGCUGGAGGAACUUUCCCUGGCCCGCUCGUCACAGGAAACAUUGGCGACAACUUCCAGCUCACGGUCGUCGAUCAGCAGCAGGACAACCGCAUGCUCGAGCCCACGUCAAUUCACUGGCAUGGACUGUUUCAAAACGGAACCAACUACAUGGACGGGCCGUCUUUCAUCAAUCAGUGUCCUAUCUCGCCCGGGAACUCGUUCACAUAUGAUUUCACUUCCCAACAAUCUGGAACGUUCUGGUAUCACUCGCACCUUGCUACUCAAUACUGCGAUGGUCUGCGUGGCGCGAUGGUCAUCUACGAUCCCAACGACGCAUACCUUUCAGAGUACGACGUCGACGACGAGUCCACGGUCAUCAACCUCGCCGACUGGUACAACGUUUUCGCUGAGACCGUGACGGGUGCUGCAACGCCAUCUUCCAUGCUCAUCAACGGUCUUGGACGCACUGCUGCUACACUAUCGAACACGACCCUGGCUGUGAUCAACGUCAAGCAAGGCUUGCGCUACCGCUUCCGUCUGGUGAACACCGCUUGCGACUCGAACUACGUAUUCCAAAUCGACGGCCACAAGAAUCUCACCAUCAUCGAGGCAGACGGUAUCCUCCACGAGCCAUUGAGCGUCGACUCGAUUCAGAUCUAUGCGGCCCAACGGUAUUCGUUCAUCAUGACUGCUGACCAAGCUGUCAACAACUACUGGAUUCGCGCGAACCCGAACAACGGUCCCACUGGUUUCAUCGGGGGUAUCAACUCUGCGAUUCUCCGCUACGAAGGCGCGAGCACGUCUGAGCCCACGACUUCGCAAGACACCUCGGUCAACGGGUUGAUCAACGAGGUCAAUUUGCAUCCCUUAGUCAACCCUGGUGCUCCCGGUGGCGCAUUCAUUGGUGGCGCUGAUGUCCAGUUGAAUUUGGUUUUGGCACGUAAUGCGGCAACAGGGAAAUUCACGAUCAACGGCGUAGCAUUCGUUCCGCCCACUGUCCCUGUCCUGCUCCAGAUUUUGUCUGGCGCACAAAACGCACAGUCGCUGCUACCCACUGGCUCGGUCUACGCGCUCCCACACUUUGCGACGGUGGAAAUCACCCUCGCAGGAGGCGCGCCUGGUGGUGGUCAUCCGUUCCAUUUGCACGGACACGCUUUUGACGUCAUCCGCGCUGCUGGAAGCACCACGUACAACUACGUCAACCCUGCCCGCCGUGAUGUCGUGAACAUCGGAGUCGCGGGUGACAAUGUCACGAUCCGGUUCUUCACGGACAACCGCGGACCGUGGUUCCUCCACUGCCACAUCGACUGGCACUUGGAAGCCGGUUUCGCAGUCGUGAUGGCCGAGGACGUUGCCGACUGGCAGUCGCAGCUGAUCCCGACUUCGGAGUGGAACCAAUUGUGUCCUAUCUACAACGCGCUUCCGGCCUCGAUCACCUCUCAUGCUGCUUGA